AGGUAUACGGUAACCUUAAGCCAUCACGAUAUAUGAGCCAUUAUAACACGUACAUGCUCUACAAAUAACUCGUUUUCACUGUCACGCAAUAUCAAAUAAAUCGAAAACCAUUCAGUGGAUGAAGUCAAGAAAUUGUGAUCUUAUAUGAAAUAAAUAAAGACGACACUUCACCAAGUUUUCGGUCUGUGCGCUUUUCCAAACUGCAGCUUUUCGUCGAAAUGUUUCGCAGAAAUUUAGAGCCCAUUAUGGAAACGCCAUGUAGGUGCACCACAUAUCGAUACUCUGGUUUCCAAACAAAAGCACACUAUUGAACUGUAAAAUUGUAAACAGAUAUAAAUUUACUUUUUAUGCCUGAUGGGGAUAGAAACUUUGGUGUCAUUUGAAAACGACUUCAUCCAACCGACAAGGGGAGGGAGAGGAGGGCGCCUGGGAACGAGCUUAUAAACUCUGACGUCAAAAGUUAUCAACCAAUCCCGUAGCCUGCCCAAAGCAAGAGACUUUUGGAGGGAAGUUCGAUUCGAUUCGCGCUAUUCUUCGGUAGUUUGGUGAUGUAGAUUUAUGUACUGCGAGGAAGAACCGAGUAUUUUAUGUGCUAAGGAACAGACAGAUCUUAUUAUCAAUGCCUUGUUUGUUUGCGACGAAUGGAAAUCUUUAAAAGGUGGUUUAACCACUUUCAAUAGAGAGCUUGCUCUGAAUUUGGCUUUGAGUAAGAACUUCAAUGUUUUCUGUUAUGUCACUCAAAGCGACGAGGAAGACAGAAAAGACGCCAGUAAACACGGAGUGAAUUUAAUCACUGCCAAGAGUAUUCCUGGAUCUACUGAUCCCCUAGAUCAUUUGAAAAUACCGCCGCAACUUUCAAUUGACAUCGUGAUAGGCCAUGGAAGAAAGUUUGGUAGCCCUGCGUAUUUCAUAGCGGAACGUACAAAGUGCAAAUGGAUCCAAUUUGUUCACGUAUUCUGUGAAGAUCUCGGAAAGUUUAAGAAAGGGAAGCGAUCGACAGUAGAUACGAUUGAUGAAAACGAAAACAAGCACAAGCUUGAAAUACAGCUGUGCGAAGCGGCUGAUGUGGUUGUAAGCGUGGGAUCCGGACUACAAUACAAGUAUGGAAAAUGUCUUCCGGGUACUGAUGUUCAGGUUCUCACCCCGGGAAUUUUGGAGAGUUUUGCCAAUCAGCCGAAGCGUCUUCUUCCAGAGCCAGGUCCUAUCGUGACAGAUGAUUUCAGUGUCUACGUGUUUGGCCGAGUAACCUCGGAGGACCUAUUUGUUAAAGGAUACGAUAUCAUUGGAAAAGCAAUCGCUACCUUAGGAGAGAGAUUCAAACUGACAUCUGUUGGUUCACAACGUGGCAAACAAAGAGAAACAGAGGCAUGGUUUGUAAAGAAAACGGGGAUUAGGCGCGAGCAACUAACAAUCCGUCGUUAUUGUAAUCAAGAAGAAGUGAAGAGGAUGCUGUACGCCGCAGACUUGGUUGUUCUGCCAUCUCGUGCUGAAGGCUUUGGCAUGGCUGCCUUGGAAGCCAUUUCUGCUGCUAUCCCAGUUCUUAUCUCUAGGCAUUCAGGAAUCGCUUUAACUCUUCAGAAAGUAAAAGGUGGAGACUCUGUGGUUGUAGCAAGUCAAGAGCCAGAGGAAUGGGCCAGGAGAAUCGAGGAGUUGUCCCGCAAAGCACCCAAAGAGAGAUCUGAUAAUGCUAUUCACCUGCGAGAGAAUUACAGAAGAAUGUACCCAUGGAGCAUCGCAUGUGAGCGAUUCAAAGGGAUAAUUGAGGAUCUUUUUAAAGAUGCAAAGACAGGGUCUAACAAGGAGAACAUUUAUUGUAAACAAGAUGACCAGAAGUCAAAUGAAAGAGUUACCAGUGGCAUGGGUAAACGACCUCUAUCUGCUGAAGAAGACUUAGAGAAUAAAAGAAGAAAGUUAGAGAACUGUGAUGAAGCUGCUGUUCUACAGAGGCAAGUUUCACGGGACCUGCUUAAUCUCUUUCGCAUUCGUAAAAAUGAAAGUCAUCUGCUCAAAUGGGGUGAUGUAUCCUUGGCAAAAGACCCAACAACUGGAAAAGAAAGUCUUGUUUUGAAAGCUAGAUGUAGUUCUAAGCCACGUCAAGUUUUUCUGCCCGUAGCACAGAUGAGUACAGACCCAGGCACCAGCCAGUGCCCAGUUCAGACAUACAAAGAAUUUAAAAGUCACAGACCAGAAGAGAUGAAAGAGCCGGACUCCCCUUUCUAUUUGGCAGUCAAAGGGAAAAGAAGACCAGGAGAUCAAGUGUGGUACAUGAAAAGGGCACUGGCACAAAAGAAAUUAAAAUUGUUUUUAUGACUGAAGUUUGUUAUUUGUUUUUGCAGUGAUCCCAGGCUGAUACUGUAGUCCAUUAGGUAUUAAUAUAAGAAGUAAUCAAAGACUGAUAACUAUGUUAAAUAUGUUAAAAAUGAGAUGGUUAAAAUGCAAUUAGCCCUAAUUUCCAAAUCAGUGCGACUGUACUGAUUUUACACAUUGUAUCCUUCUAUAGCAAAAUUCAUGAUCAUGACUGAUUCUCCGAGUGCCUAUUUGUGACAAAAUUGGGCGCGUUCAUGUGAGUGUCCAAGUACAGGUAUCCAUUUACAAAAAGUUGUAAUUGGAUACCUGUAGUUGGAUACGUAAAGUGAUUCACAUAUCAGUUACGUGGGCUUUAAUGGUUUCUUCUUAAUGUUGCGUAUAGUUUUUAAAGCUCAUGGAAAGAGCUACUGACUUUUUCGCUCAAAAGAAUUUCUCCCAAGACUUUUUUAAUUUAGAAAUUUGUUGUAGAUAUGAUUGACUGGUAAUUGGACCUCACAUUAUACAAUUCAGUGAGUAAUUGUGCUCGUAAGUUCAAAUCAGCUUACGCUUCACGCUCAUCCGAUUUUGAAAUUACUCUCAUGAUUAAUAAUAGUAAUUGGACUGAGUGGAGUACAAUUC